AUGGAAGGGUACACAGAUUACUGGUCUUCAGUAAACGACCCAAAGUCAAUGCCUCACGGCGAACAGUUCACUCCUCGUCAUCCACCACCACACACGGCACAGAUUCACUUGGGCAGGACGACAAUGACUACCGCACCGUACAGUACGUCUGGCAUGAUGGGUGGGCCCGCAGUGGCUCCUUUCCCUUACCUUCACAGCGACGAUUCCUCCAAUGCUUCGAUGCCCAGGAGCUACGCGUACCCGGAUGAGUGCAUCCCGGGCUACCAGCAGCGGUGGGAGCAAUCUAGCUCGUCGUCACUAGGCUUCGAUCAUGACUCUCAACCGUCUAUUGCUGGAGGCAGGUGUAUAGGUGGUCCCAAUCAACCGUACCGAGGCUUGACGACGCAAGCCUCGGGUUCUGACGACGAUGAUGCGACGGUGUAUCACACACCACCUCACGAGAUGUUUGACGAUGCUAUGCGGGAUGCGCAGGACGAGGAACGGGCCGCGCAACUACAGGGGCGGAAACAGGCGAUGGGGCAGAACAGGCAACGACAGUCACAUGUGGCGUCGCAGGAGGGUGGAGUCCCAUCUCCGUCCGAGCACAGCAGAGAAACCUCGGCUUUGCCCACAUCACCGUCGACAACAACGACGAUGUCAUCGCCGCCACCAUCAAAAAACCCACCAAAGUGCACUUCCAACUCUGUACCUUCAGGACCUGGUCCUCCCAGUAGAUCCCGGGGCAGACGCGGCCGCCAGCCCGGCGCUCCUCGACGGACCUCAAAGUCUUCAUCAGAGACGGCGAGCGCAGAUGUCACCGGCGAGGGCAGUUAUGCCACCCCCCGAUCGCCUCCAAAGCCCACGCAGCGCGAACAGAACAGAGCCGCCGCCACCAAGUGUCGGGCCAAGGCCAAGGCGGCCACGAGCAAGCUCGCCGAAGACGAGCGGUACAUCAGCGAGGAGAGGAUGCGCCUCACCGACGAGGCCGACCAGCUCAAGGACGAGGUCCUGUUCCUCAAGUCGGAGCUCCUGCGCCACAGCCACUGCGAUUGCGUCCUGAUACAGGAGUACCUCAAGAGGAUGGCCAAGAUCAUCAGCGAGGGCUCUUUGGACCACUCGUCAGCCUUCCCCGCUGUUUGGGCAGACCAGGGGAGCGUAGGCUCGUCGUGCUAUGCCGAUGGUGCGCACGGCGAUGUCGAAAUGGUGAACGAAGGGGAAUGA